ACUUCCUUUUAAACUCUCUUUUCAGCUGUUAUUGGAGCUGGCAUUGGGGGCACAUCAGCAGCCUAUUUUCUCCGCCAGAAGUUUGGGAAAGACGUAAGGAUUGACGUGUUUGAGAAAGGAACAGUUGGGGGCCGUUUGGCUACUGUAAACGUGGAAGGAAAAGACUAUGAAGCAGGAGGAAGCGUGAUCCAUCCUCUUAACCUACAUAUGAAGCAUUUUGUCAAGGAGCUAGGACUCUCUGUUCCUGACAACCAAGAUAGCCUUAUGGGCAUUUACAAUGGAGAUGAGUUUGUAUUUGAGGAGAGUAGCUGGUACAUUAUCAAUGUCCUGAAACUUCUCUGGAAUUAUGGAUUCAACUCUCUGCGAAUGAACAUGUGGGUGGAAGAUAUCCUGGACAAGUUUAUGAGAAUCUACCGCUAUCAGGCUCAUGACUACUCCUUCAGCAGCAUAGAGGGCUUGCUUCAUGCACUCGGGGGCAAUGACUUCAUCCAAAUGUUGAAUCGGACCCUUGAUGAGACUAUGCAGAAGGCUGGCUUCUCCCAGAAGUUUAUCUAUGAGGUGGUUACUCCAAUCAUGAGAGUCAAUUAUGGGCAAGGUGUCAACAUUAGUAGUUUUGCAGGUGCAGUGUCUUUGGCGGGUACAGAUUCUGGGCUUUGGUCAGUAAAAGGUGGCAACAAACUUGUCUGCACUGGCCUUCUUUAUGCUUCCAAAGCACAACUUAUCUCUGGUACAGUUAUCGCUGUAGAGGAGAAAACGCGGCCCAAACACACAGGAGGUACAGUUAAGCUGUAUGAAGUGAGCUACAACUCUACAUCAGGGUCAGCGUCAGACCUGUAUGAUAUAGUUCUUGUUGCCACACCACUGAAUCGUAAAAUGGCCAACAUCACUUUCCGGAACUUUAACCCUCCCAUUCCAGAGUUCUCAAACAACUACCAUCAGACGGUGGCAACUUUUGUGCAUGGGCGCCUAAAUGCAUCCUUCUUCGGCUACAAGGAGUCAUCCUACUUUAGCUUGGCUGAUAUUUUCACAACAGAAAAUCCCAAACUAUUUAUCAACAGCUUAGGAAUUGUGUCCCCCGUCCAAAAUAAACCAGAGGAAGCGAAGCAACCCAUGGGAGAGGCUGUUUGGAAAGUGUUUUCAAAAGAACCUGUCACCAAGGAGCAGCUGAAUUUGCUUUUCUCAGCCUAUGAUUCUGUGAAGGAGAAGAAGUGGCUGGCUUACCCACAUUACAGCAUCCCCAAGAACUGCCCACCUGUAAUCCUCCAUGAUAGGAUAUACUACCUUAACGGCAUAGAAUGGGCAGCAAGUGCCAUGGAGAUGAGCGCGAUAGCAGCCAAAAAUGCAGCUCUUCUUUCAUACCAUCGCUGGUACAGAAAUGCAGACAUGAUUGACCAGGAGGAUUUAAAUGAGAAACUCAAAACAGAGCUGUGAGUUUUACCCAGGGAGGAGCUGCAGAGCCCUGGACUGGUGAGAGUCUAGAUGGUCAAGUGAUGUGCAGAAGAAAUGUACGAUGGUAUCGAUCAAAUACUACAUCUUUCUUGCCCACUUCACAGUUAAAAUGAAUAUAUGGAAAUAUUUUUUCCUCAACCUGUUUCAGUAACCACAAGUAUUACCAGGCCUCCUAACUGGAGCCAGGGGGGUGGAGGCACAAGACAGCAAUUCCCUGGGGCUGAGAUUCAAAGGGGCCCAGAGCUGUGGCAGCAGAUAGAGCCCCAGGCCUCUUUGAAUUGCCGUGGCUCUGAGAAUUGGCCGAGAGAGGGUACCACAGUCUGGGAGGUGGAGCCAGCCUUCCUCCUCCCCCCUUUGCCCUGGGGCACCUAUUGCACUAGCAAAGAUGGAAAUAUUCCAGUGAUGUUUAGGGUUUUUACAUUGCUCCUUCCCCCUGUGUAUUCUGAUCCCAGUUUAGGAAAGCACUGAAGCACGUGCUCAUGCCCAUUCCUAGUCAGGAUAAGUACUUAAGCAUGUAUUUAAAGUACAGUAUGUACUUAAGUGCAGUCCUAAAUUUCUGAAUCAGGACCUCUUUAUAGAUCAUCACUUAAGCCCUGCUCUUGCAGACAUGUAAGCGUGUGGGUAAAUUGAUGCAGGAGGAAGAACUGUGUGUCUCCAGUAGUUCAUAUCAGGGUUUUACACAGCAGUGAGGGAGGGAGAAAACAAUUACAUGUUGGAAAAGGGCAGGAGGAUGUGGAGCCAGGUGUAAUGCAUUAAUUUUAUUUUAAAAAUGGACAAAAUCAAAUUGUGAAAGCAGCCUAUAGGAAGCUGACUGGUCACAUUGGCUCACCUCAUUUCCAGUUGCUAACCCCUGUUAAUCCAGUACAAAUUCCAUGGUUUCUGAAUAUCAGAUUUCCAUUUUAAACAAUUGCUUGUCUUAUGUGAGCAGAAUGAGUUAAUGCCUUUGCACCUGACAGGGUUCGAAAGCUCCUCUAUUAGAUUAGACUUUGCACCUUUAAGAAAACUAAGUUUAACUGGUUUUAAAGUUGGGGGUAGGGGGUAUUUAGUUAAAGUGUGGACUAAUAUGAGUGCAUUUUCUGUAAUUAUACUUAUUUUUUUAUCCACCUCCUUUUAUUUUUACUUUAGCAGCCAAAGCUGUAGUGUUAGUUUCUGCAGUACAGAACCUGAAUAAAAUUUGGACAACAGCAAAUGUGGCCUCUUCCCAGAUGAGAUUAAUAUACAGCUCUGAAAAAGGCUCACAGGAUCACAAAGAACUGCAAUUGCUUUUUUUAUUUUGCUUAUUCAAUGUUUCUGCCACCCAGACAUUUUCCAUGCAGUGCCAAGCUAUCCAGGUAUUCCUCUUGCAAAAGCAAUUCAUCCUUUGAAACUUAACCUUUUUUGACAAUCGUAGUAAAGAAUACAAUAGUGCCUCAAUAGGCAAUUUAUUUUAAAGGAUGUUUUUCAGAUAAAUGAAUACAGGGAGACCAGAAAAAAAUACCCACCCAUACUGACCAAGCACCUGAAAGGGAGACUUGAAUACUUUUGGGAGUUUACUUCAUAAAUUUCAAGUGAGGUUUCAUUUCUUUUGAUUGCACACCUUGUGUAAACUGUUUUGGUUGUAGGACGGGGGGCUAGAGCCAUAUUUUUACAAGUGAGGCAAAUUUAAAUGUUUUUAAUGCUCGAUAGCUUUACAGCUUUCACAGACAAAUCUUAUUUGUUUUAAAUACCAGAGUUCCAGAUAAGUUAUGCAAUGGUUGUAGACAUACAUAGUUUUCAGUGGACAGUUUUUCAAAAUCAGGUUGCUUUAACUUAUUAGCGAGCUGAAGUCCUUAAGUAGCUUAAAGAGAGAUACUCAAAACUCAGCAUAAAUUGUCUAACCAGAAAGUAUUUUGUUUGCAGUUCAUGCCUUUUGGUAGUACUUCACUUAUUCUCAGGUGAUGUCUUGAAAAAACAUCAGUAAGGAAAAAGAAGCUCCCAACCUCCUUUAGAGGUGCUUUAUCUGAACAGAAUUUUUGUUUAAAAAAAAAGUGGUUUUUAAUUCGGGGCUGUGCUACUUUGUAAAAUCAACCUUCAUGGAAAUAUUUUGUUUGUCCUUAUUGGAAAAAAAAUCUAAUACCAGUUCUUCAGACAUUAAUUGUUCCUGAUAACCUAAAACUGACUAAGGUCCUGAGCUUGUAAACACUUAUGAAGGAGAAGCCAAUGGGUCUAGUCACAGGACAACCUAUGGCCCAUGUAUUGCUCACUUUUUAAACUCAUUUUUACUAAGCUGCAGUGUUACUAGCAGCAUAAGGUAAAGACCUUUCCCUAAUGUGAUUUGAGCAACCUUCCAACUGAAUGUUCUAUGUUUAAGGUAAUCCUAAUAUAUUGUAAUGUCCUCUGAAACAAGUGACCAGAGUCAUAUUGAGAAGCAAGCUGCAUCAGGAGCUUGAUCAUCUUUUAAGGAGUGGAGGAAGUCUGGGCACCCUUGCUACUCUUCAUAGUAGGCCUAGGCCAUUAUUUUUGCAUCCAUGGAUCAUAUGUCUGUGCCUUCUAAUCAUCUAUGGAGAAAAGUAUAUAGCCACCGAACCUUUUGCCUUCAUACCAGAGAAGAGUCUCAAGUCUCCCUACAAACAGUUUCACUAUUUAUGUUCAUGCUGGUUAGUAGGACUGGCAUACUCUUUUUUCAGCGUUUUUAAGCUCAUUUCCAAUAGCAGUAAACAAAAAGUUAUUCAGGUAAAAGGCAGCUAUUUUUGUGUAAUUAAAUAGGUGCAACUAUUUAUAAAGCAAAGGGUGGGCAAAUGUUUUAGCCAGACCCUUGCAUCUUUAAGGAUUUCAUUGUUAAAGAAGUUUUGCACCACAGUAAUAAAACUGAAAUGUGAAUCUCAUGUCUAGAGGCCAGAUUAUCUGUUGCUAUAACUCUACUAUAAACACAUUAGUUCAGCAUGAGGAGGAAACCACACAGUGUGCAGGAGUUUGUCUCUUGUAUACAUUUGCCAGUGCAGACAAUAGCAAGGCUGAAAUCAUGAUAAAUGUUUUUUGAAAUGGUGGCAUGAGUCUUGUUUGAGAAAUUAUAAUCAGUGUUAAGUUUAUUAAAAAUAUUUAGGAACCC